AUGAGUGAACGUAAAGUCUUGAAUAAAUAUUUCCCACCGGAUUUCGAUCCUGCAGCUAUCCCGAGAAGGAAGCAAGCUAAAGAUGCACAGCACAAGGUUCGUCUUAUGACACCAUAUGCUAUGCGUUGUGAAACAUGUGGCGAGUAUAUUUACAAGGGGAAAAAAUUCAAUGCACGUAAAGAAACGGUAGAAGGCGAAACCUACUACUCUAUAAAAAUCUUCCGCUUCUACAUCAAAUGUCCUCGUUGCUCUGCUGAAAUCACAUUUAAGACGGAUCCCAAAAACACAGAUUAUGUAGCCGAACAUGGUGCCUCUCGAAAUUUUGAACCAUGGCGUGAGGAGCGUAUCGCCGGCGAAGAAAAGCAAUUAAAGAAGGAACAGGAAGAGGAGAAUAAUCCGAUGAAAGCGUUAGAGAAUCGUACGCUAGAUUCGAAACGUGAGAUGGAUAUCUUGGAUGCGUUGGAUGAGAUUCGAACGCGAAAUGCACGUAAUGAACGUGUUGAUUCGGAUGCUUUGUUGGAUCGGUUGAUUGAGUUAGAAGAGGAACGAGAGAAAACUCUUGAAGAAAUUAUUGAGGAGGAAGACGAUAAACUCGCGAAAGCUGUUUUUCAAGACGCUAAUGGAUUGUCCGUUAGAAAAGCUAAUCUGGAUGAAGAACCAAAAAUCGAUGCACUGCUUUCAGAACAAGCAAAAAUGGUUCCAUUGCCUGAUUUCAGUGCUCCAAUUAUUAAAAAACGAAAAUUGCCCGAAUCUGAUUUAGUUGCUGGUUUAAUUGUUAAAAAGAAGGCGUCAUCUUCAUCAAAAACUAUAAGCACAGCAGCUGCGUCAACAUCUACAUCCCCAAUAAUAACCGCAUCAUCAACAUCAGGAACAUCCAUAAUAACAGCUACAACGUCAAAAACUUUACCAAUAACUGUAGCAUCAACAUCAAAUAAACCAAUAAUAACAAAAAAAGCGGAACCAAAGUCUGCUCCAGCGACCUCGUCUUCAUCAACUUUAUUAUCAUUAGGAGAUUAUGGCUCUGAUAGCAAUGAUAGUGAAUAA